AUGGGGCAGCUGUGGAAGAAAUUUAAGGACAGUGACAUGACCAUCAGUGGCCUCCUGCAAGAGUUUGAUGUCCAGGAGCAGGACAUCGAGACGGUGCAUGGCUCCAUUCACGUCACGCUGUGCGGGACCCCCAAGGGAAACCGGCCUGUCAUCCUCACGUACCACGACAUCGGCAUGAACCACAAAACCUGCUACAACCCCCUCUUCAACUCCGAGGACAUGCAGGAGAUCACGCAGCACUUUGCCGUCUGCCAUGUGGACGCCCCUGGCCAGCAGGACGGCGCGGCCUCCUUCCCCGUGGGGUACCUGUAUCCCUCCAUGGACCAGCUGGCCGAAAUGCUUCCUGGAGUCCUCCACCAGUUUGGGCUGAAGAGCGUAAUUGGCAUGGGCACUGGGGCAGGUGCCUACAUCCUCACUCGCUUCGCUGUGAGUCCUUGGACGUUCUUUUAA